AUGCCUUCUAGAUGUAAAACCGACUCAAUUGGCCAUGACAGCAUACGUAGACUCGAUAUUGAUCUGCGGAUAUGUCUAUACAAGCCAGCAUCGCUUGCACUCGAAGUCGCUCGCGGAAUCCGUCAAUUGUCUUGGUUGGACCACGUCUCACUGGCAUGGGAUCAGCCAAUGUUUGAUUCAAUAGGAGAGAGCCUUGGAGGCAUUACGACACUCACGUCACUUGAUCUUAUUUUCUACGAUACUUUGACGCUUGGUUUGCAAAGAAAACACCUCAGUAAACCGAAAUUGAAUAAGUUUACAGUAGAAUGGUACCCGCGUGAUGCAACAUACGGAGAUGGUACAGAUCAAGACGGUGAUCCAAUUCCACUUGCACCACCGGAUAAGACAGAGUUUGUGGAUCUGUUCAGGUUUAUUUCACAGUUUGAUAGCACAUUGGAAAAUCUCGCAAUAGGACCGCUGCCUCUGCCAAGCGAGGCCAUCGAUGGGGAUAUUGAGGUAGCGUACACAGACAUGUUCAAGACAUUGAAGCAAUUAAAAACAUUGUCGUUGUCAGGAGUCGAGAGGUCAUAUAGGGUGAGCAGAACCGAGAAAGACGAUAUGUUUGGACAAUUGGAGUGUCUCAAAUUCGCAGGGAGACCGCCAUCGACAUCGGAUCAGAUAUUGCGCGUGUCGAGGCAACUGAAGGAGGUAGAGUUUGAAGGAUUGAUGGAGCCGGAUGAGUUGGCGUUUGCGUUGAUAGAUUUGCGGGAUAAGCAGCUAGAACGACUCAAGUUGACAAUUUUAGUUACGGAGGACGACAGCCUCGAAAGACUGUGUUAUUCGAUACCAACAAUCAAGGAGCUAGACUUAGCAUUGGUGUUUGGAGAGGCAGAGGAGGUUCCAAUGAGGUACUGGCCAGACACUGUGAUAAAGAUGCUAAGCAAGAUGCCUUUCUUGGAAAGAGUGUGCAUACACCUCAACUUGGACGAGCUAUAUGGGGAUCCUUCACCGCUAGCACUGCCAAAUACGGACACGUGGAGAGAGUGGGACAUGAGGUCAAUAGGGCGGUAUGACAAAGCAAGUGCAGCAAUAGCGCAUGCGUGUACAAUGGGCAACUCAAGGGUUCAGAGGAUAGAAUGGGGGAGGGCACUCAAGUAUGAUCAGAGACUGGAGAAAGGAGGAUUCAUGAACAAGUACAAAUGGGUUUUGGUACAUAGCGAGACAGGAAUGCCUAUAGGGGUGGAUAGGGUGACUGUGGAGGAUGUUUAG